UUGCAAAGAGGAAGCAAAUCAACUCAUGAUUAUUCAGUUCAUGAUAAAUGUGUUGCUACAUUUUUCCAACUCGGUUGGAAGGGGCCCAGGAAAGAGAAUUUCAAAUCUGGUCAGUAAUAUUGAGUCAAAGUGAUACCAGGAGAACGCCAAAGUAACGUCCGUCGUGUGACCCCCCUGCAAUGUUGACUUUAAAUGCUGUACACCAGGAAGCGUAGCUCAUACAGUGCAGGAGCACAGGAACACGGAAAACUGAGCCGAGACGCACUUUAUUCUCCCUUUUUUGGGAGGCGGGGAGGGGGGAGAGUGCGAUUGCACUGUACUAGCUGUAGCUAACAAAAUAAUCGUCAGUUUCCUAUGCCUGCUUCUUUCCUCUUGCUGCUUUCAAUGGUAGCUAUCAGAUCCCUGGACUAAAUCAAUGGAAUCCUGAAAUUAUGGCUGCGAAAGAGGAUCUUUAUACCAAAGUCACCCCACGGAGGCAGCGACAGAACCGGCCCGGCACCGUCAAACAUGGAUCUAAUUUGGAUGUGCUUCUGUCCAUGGGUUUUCCAAAAACAAGGGCAUUGAAAGCAUUGGUGUCCACCGGAGGGAGAAGUGUGCAGGCUGCCUGUGACUGGCUGUUCUCCCAUGUGGACGACCCCUUCCUGGACGACCCCCUGCCCAGGGAGUACGUGCUGUACCUGCGGCCCAGCGGACCCCUGCUGCACCAGCUGUCCCACUUCUGGCAGCAGUCCCGCCUCACCUGCGGCAAGAACAAGGCCCACAACAUCUUCCCCCACAUCACUCUCUGCCAGUUCUUCAUGUGUGCGGACGGUAAAGUCGAGGCUCUGUGUGAGGCACUGCAGGCCACGGUGGGGCAGUGGAGAGGCCGAUUCCCCAGCCCCCUGCCCCUGGAGCUCUACACCUCCUCUAACUUCAUUGGCCUGUUCGUGGAGGAGCAGGUGGCCGAGGUGCUCAAGACCUUCGCUGCGGACUUCUCCACGGAGGCCGCUGCUAAAGCAGAUGUCCAUGUGGAGCCACAUAAGAAACAGCUCCAUGUGACCUUGGCCUACCACUUCCAACCCGAUCACCUGCCGACCUUAGAGAAACUGGCCAAGAGCGUCGACGUUUCGAUGGGCUGUGAUUGGCUAGCUGUGCUGUUCUCCCGUGACAUCCGAUUUGCCAAUCAUGAGACGCUGCGGGUGAUGUACCCCUACGCACCCCAGAACGAGGACGAGCUGGAGCUGGUCCCGGGGGACUUCAUCUUCAUGUCUCCGGUGGAGCAGAACAGCACCAGCGAGGGCUGGGUUUACGGGACCUCCCUCAGCACCGGGCUGUCCGGCCUGCUGCCUGAGAACUACAUCAGCCGAGCCGACGAGUGCGACACCUGGGUCUUCCACGGGUCCCAUUCCUUCCUCAGCUGUGCCUCCCCCUCGGGCUCCGGGGGCGCCGUGGGCGGGGUGUGUGACGGGCUGCUGGACGACCGUUUCCUAGACGACCGGAGCCCUGGGGACCCCUCCUCCAUUAAUGUCAUGUGCCAGCCCAUGCAGGUACUACGGGUCAACAGCCAAUCACGGCUGCCUAAGCGGACCUUGUUUGUCUGUCGCCAUGGUGAGAGGAUGGAUGUGGUGUUUGGGAAACACUGGCUGUCCCAGUGCUUUGAUGCCAAAGGUCGAUACAUGCGCACCAACCUCAACAUGCCGCCCAGCCUGCCCGCGCGGAGCGGGGGUUACCGGGACUACGACAAGGACGGGCCCAUCACCGUGUUCGGAGCCACGCAGGCCCGGCUCGUGGGAGAAGCCCUGCUGGAGAGCAACACAGUGAUUGACUUUGUGUACAGCUCGCCCUCCCUCCGCUGUGUUCAGACGGCUCACAACAUCCUGAGAGGACUCCAGCAGGACGGGAAGAUUAAAAUUAAGGUGGAGCCGGGCUUAUUUGAAUGGACCAAGUGGGUUUCGGGCACGUCUUUGCCUGCCUGGAUCCCCCCCGCUGACCUGGCAGCAGCCAACCUCAGCGUGGACACAACGUACAGACCUCACAUCCCCAUUAGCAAGUUGGCAGUGUCAGAGUCCUAUGACACUUACAUUAGCAGGAGCUUUCAGGUGACCAGGGAGAUUCUGACCGACUGUAAAAACAUGGGGAACAACGUCCUCGUCGUGGCGCACGCCUCCUCGCUGGAGGCCUGCACACGCCAGAUGCAGGGCCUCUCGCCCCAGAACUCCAAGGACUUUGUCCAAGUGGUUAGAAAGAUCCCCUACCUUGGUUUCUGUGCGUGCGAGGAGCAGGGCGAGACGGGGGUGUGGCAGCUGGUGGACCCGCCCAUCCUCCCCCUGACGCACGGCCCCAACCACAGCUUCAACUGGAGAGAGACCCUGCUGCAGGACUGAGCCAAUUAGCAACCUCCCCUCUUCCUCUCUGAAACCCUGUCCGCUUAAGCAGCCCAACAGCCACCCACACCUCCAAAUACCGACCUACUUACCCCCUAAACCAAACCCCCAACUCCACCCUCUCCAUCUUCCAUCACAUUCAAAUUGCAUGUAUAUCACCCUCAAAUCUAGCUUUUAGGCCUAAAAGUAUAUGUGGUAUAUAUACACAUAUAUAUCUAUACUUGUACAAACUUGCGCUAAUCUAGCUGUGCGUAUAAAAACAGUGAAAGCGAGGCCUGCUGGUGCAGCAGGACCGUCUCUCUGCUGACAGAAUGCACAUCCCUGGGUGCUCAAAGAGGGCAGGAGGCUGAACCCUACUCUGUCGGCAGCCUGGUUUCCAUGGCUGUCACCUAGCAAUGAAUGACCACAUUCCGCCUCGCUGGAGAAUUGCUGGAUGACGUUGAACAAGUUGCCAAUACGAAAUGAGUGUGAUUUUGGGAACAGCCCAGGGUUAGGUGGGGUGCGGUUGGUCUCUGUCUGGGGGAGCCAGCGCCUGGCGAAGCACAGCUCUCUCUCUCUCUCUCGGUUUAUCCAGCUUGUUUUCUCAUGCGACGCUCCGGUUCCUCUGCGGCUUCUGCGCUCAUCUCAGCCGGAAGUGUAGGCUUGGCUUCCGCCGCCGCCGCCACCGCCGCCGCUCGCUGAUAAAAAAGACAGGUGCCGAAGCUCGGCUCUCUCACUGUGGCGAAAUGCGAAAUCGCCCUCCCCACAGACCCAUCCCCUCCCCACAGACUCAUCCCCUCCCCACAGACUCAUCCCCUGCCCACAGACUCAUCCCCUCCCCACAGACUCAUCCCCUGCCCACAGACUCAUCCCCUGCCCACAGACUCAUCCCCUGCCCACAGACUCAUCCCCUCCCCACAGACUCAUCCCCUGCCCACAGACUCAUCCCCUCCCCACAGACUCAUCCCCUGCCGUGAUUAGCGUAAAGGUGUGAAAAGCACAAAGCCAACUCCUGACAAUCCAACAAACCCAGCUAACACAAAAUGUUCUCACAAUGUUACUUGAAUAUUUUGUCAAUGUAAUAACAUUGCCACUACAUGGCAGCAACAUUGUGAGAACGUUUUGUGUUAGUUGGGAAAGGUAAAGACCUGUUCAGAUCAAGGUCCUUGGCUGGCCAGUCUGAUUUUAGAACAUUCUCAGAAGAGAUUCCAUUCAGUGUGAAUGACCAAGUUUUAGGAUGUUUACUGAUGUCCAGUGUCAAAGGUGUGACGGAUCCCCUUAGCCAGCUUGUAACUUGUAACGGAAACAGUCAUUUAAUUUGUUAAGCAUCAUUUUGAUGUGGACUGUGUAGCAUUUACUUGGAAACAUUCAAAGAUUUUUUUGGAAAAAAAAUGCCGUUCCAUCUUGCCUGAUGUCUCAGAUUUGAUCUGAACUGGUCUUCAAGACAAUAGUUUGGUUGAACAUUACAAAACACUAGCUCUGUAGUUAAGUGUGUGUUUGGCUGAGAAAGACAGACACAUACACGUACUCAUACUAGUGCGUGCGUGCAUCCGUGGUUUAGUGCAAGUCCCUGGUAACCUAAAUUUAUUAUGUGUUUAGGAAACUUCAUGAGACACCAUGCACUGUAAUGAUACAAUGUCCACCUUGACAUAUCUACAUAUCAUACACAAAGUAGAACGUGUUCCGUGCACUGACACACACGGUCAUCAUUGAAGUCAUGUUCUUGCCAGAUUGUAUAAAACAGAAUCAGAGAGGUGUGAAAGGGCUCAUGCGUGUUUUUAAGAAAGGAUGCGAAUAGUCACUGUUAAGCUGGGAUGGCGGGGUUUGCUCAGGAUGAAUGAAUUCUACAGCUAUGUCCAUUAGCCAUUCUCUGUCUCAACCACGCUAUAUAACUAAAUUGAAGUGACGGGUUAGGUUAUUGAGAGUCUUAUGAUUGUUUCAGUCUUCCUAUAUAGUGUAUUUUUCUUCUUUUGUGUCCUGGGUUAGGACAUCUCAUAUAGUGUCUCUGUCUCUGACUUUGACUCUUCCUCAUUUGUCUCAGGUACCACAAAUAUCCAUACCUUUUCAACAGUUUCACUGAGCCAUUCUUUUGACUCAAUUUCUUAUUAAAAUCCAGCAUAUUGGGCCUACAUCCUUGGCAGUUUUUUUUUUUUUGUGGUUUUGCGAGAUUAAUUCUGGGCCUGUAUGAAAGAGUCUCAGGGUAGGAAAGUUGAUUGGGAAUCAGUUUUCUGUUUGUCCUGACCUUAUCCAUUCUGAGCUGAAAACAGAACUUGUGCUGGAUCGGCUCUCCCACUCUGAGAUACUUAAAAAUAAAUACGUGCCCGGAUCUCAAAGUAGCAUGUAGCGUCGCUGGUCUUUUCACUGGCCUGUUAAACAGGUCACCAGUUAAUGGUGCAUUUUUCCAUUAGUUGUGACCUUGUUCUUUAAUAAGGAGGCUAAUUUUCUGCAAUCAGUCAAAUAACAUUAAGAGCAGCCCCCUUGAGAAAACUGCUGCAGUGCCUAAUAAAAGUAUAAUUAUUGGGAAAUAAUAGAGAUACUGAAAAAGAUAACUAGAGCCCUGUAUGACCAUAAAAAUAUGCAGGGCAGUUUUGUUGUCAUGGCACGUGACCAAUUGUGGAAAGUUUUCCUAAUUAAUUUGAGCACAGAUUCCAGAACUGUGGAGAAAUUGCAGUUUAUUGUAUUUAGGUUUUUUUUUGUCAGAUAUAUGGAUUUUUAAAAAUCAGUCAGUGAGCAAUUAGCAAACAUUUUCCUCUGCCACGUUUACUUUUUCAGUCUUAGAAGAAGGGGAGCAGGUUGUCACUGUCCUUUGGGUAAGGCUUUAAGAUCAGAUUCUUUAGCACACUUCGUCCUAGGUGCUGGUAGUCAAAACCCCCUGGAAUAUUUUAUCCGUUGAUUUAUAAUAAGUUAUGAAUUACUUUUUUAUGUUUUCAACCUUGGCUGUAGUUUAUUCUCUCACUGUUGAUUCUAGGGAUAAUAUAUACAUAUACGUACUUGUCUCACUUGCUAUUGCCAAACUUCCUCUGCUUGCCAUACUCAACAUAAUCUAUAUGCAAAACUGAGCACCUCAUAGCAUCGGAACGGUCGAAUCGACCGUCUCACAGGGACACUGAUCACACAGGCCUGUUAGAUGCGAAUGGACUCCUUGUCUACAGAAACGGUGUGGGACUCAAUUUGGGAGUUUAUGGAUCAACGUAGACAUUGGAUUGUAAAAAUAAUGGUCGAUGUGCGCGUCGUGUUGAAACAGAUAUGUGUGAACGCAUCAGGAGACACAAUUGCUGUCAGAAGACAAAUUAUCCUGGAUGGGGCAGAGCUAAAUUAGUGCGGCCAAUUAUUUUCCUAUUGUAGAGAGAAACUAUAUUUUGUUUUGUGUCUGUUUGUGUCCAGUUAUAUGCUUUUAUUGCACCUCACACUGGAUAGUUUCAAGAGGAGAUUCAUUCACACUUUAUGGUGCAAUUUAUACAAAUGUUAUAUAAUCUGUGUAACAUAAAUCAUAUGAAAUGGUAUCAAUGAAGUUAUUAUGUAGGUCAUUAUAACUGAUUUAUAUUACAUGGGUGCUCAAGAGUCUGAUUGGAAGUAUAAUCUAUUAUCACUUUGUGAGAUUCUUUUACAAAGAGUAAUCUUGAGGAUUUCAUUUGUUUUCUGUGUAUUAAUCUUCACUUGGCAGUUUAUGGAUAUGUUAAAGCACAUUUGUUUAGCCUUUCUAUAAAUCUAAAGAAUACAAUAAGCAUAAUGCGGUACUAGGCUCUUCUCUCUCAAAGCUGCAGCAGAUUCAAAGAUGUGACCAGUUGAACUCCUUGUCCUACUCUGUCUGAUUUCAUUCCUGUCUUCGGUUUUGAUCGUAUUAUUGUCCUGAAUUAAAAUGUAUGUAAGAAAUGGUUUUAGUACUUUGGAAAUUAUUGUUUGGCCCAUGUGUUAUGGGUAGUCUUUCUUGUUUUCUUGUAAUUAAAAAAAGAACAAACAAAAAAAGAAAAACAAUUUCCUUGUGCUUUAUGAAGUGAGAUGAACUUCUCCAGUGGGCUCGCCAGUGCUUUGCAUGCAUUUUAAUGGAAAUGCACCAUGAGAAAUGGGGAAAAAGUACAAAAAUGCGCUGAUUCAAGGCAAACCCUUUACUUGAACAAGAACAAAUAAAACAAAAUAAGAAGUAAAGUUAAAAUGCUUUAUGUAUUUAAAUUAUUGUUUUAAUUUUUUAUGCAUUUACAAAACAGUGUUUCUAAAGAAUGUGUAUUCUAUUUUGUUGCAAAUGAUUGCCUCAGUAAUUAUUAUGAUUGUUAUAAUUAUUAUAACAACUUACUGCUUUAGAAAUAUAUAAAUUAUGUUUGCAAAUAAAUGUUUUAUUGCCA